AUGUCUCAUUCAAGCUGCCCCUCAUGCGGUAAAGCCUUUAAAGAUCAUACUUCCAUUGCUCAUCAUAUGAGCCAGCCUCGGUCUGGAUGGAAUACAUGGUUAGAAGAUGUCAUCAACUUUAUUACGCCCAGUGAAGAUCAUAACAUGGACUCAGCAGAUGACGAGAACAUCGAUGUUUCUUAUGAUCCUGGACUUGGAGGCGAGGAAAUUUUUCAUUAUUUUGGAGAGGAUGAUAUCACUGAGGGAACUGGAGGUCAUGAAGUGCAUGGUGAAGUAAUUGAUUACUUUCCAGAGCCUCCUCUGGCCUAUGAGGAUGGCUACACAUUUUUGGGGCUGUUUGAUGCAGAUGAAAACAAUUGGCAAGUUACAGCAUGGCUGUUACGUUCGGGCCUGAGCAUGGGGAACAUCGACUCUUUUCUAUCACUUGAAAUGAUCAAGGAUUUACCCUUGUCAUUCUGCUCUGCCAGAGAAUUACGUGGUCGAGCUGAGAUGCUGCCCAGCGGUCCAUGCUGGAAGUCUCAAGUAAUACCUACAUCACAUCCUACAAAGUCGCCAGUAAUUCUGUACUGGCGUGACCCUAUCGAAUGUAUCACCAGCAUUUUCAAUCACCCGCUAUUUCACCAUCAUAUGGACCUCACACCUUGCAAGGUUUACUCUACUGCAAAGAGGCUGUGUCGUUCUGGCACUCAUCAUGUAUUCUUGCAGUCGGCGAUACCCAAGAACACAACCCUCCUUGGCACCAUUCUCUCUUCUGACAAGACAAAUCUCACUGCAUUAACAGGGGAUCAUGUAGCUCAUCCCCUCCUAAUUAGCCUUGCCAACAUUCAUAUGAAUGUACACCUAAAAUCAUCAACCAACUCUUUCAUUCUCGCUGCCCUGUUACCAGUCCCCAGGUUUAUUCACAAGAAAAAGCAGAUGAAGGGCAUAUUGGAGGAUCACCUCAUACACCAGUGCCUUAAGAUUGUUCUUGAACCACUCAAGCAAGCCACUCAACAUGGUAUCAUGCUGUCUGAUCCUAUCGGACACACAUCAACGACUCUUGCACAACUUGCUGUUGUGCGCUUAUGCACUGAUCCCAAUGAUCUUGAGGUGUUUUUCCGCGAGGCACAGAAGUUCCAACUGAAUGGUGUCGACAAACUGUUCUGGUGGGACUACAUACUAGCAGACCCCUCCCGUUUUCUUACACUGGAAUCACUCCACCAUCUUCAUAAAGAAUUCUUUGACCAUGAUGCCCAAUGGCUCAUUAAUGCUCCUAUCACUGGUUAUCAACACUUUUAUGAUGGAAUCUCCAAGCUAAAACAAGUCACUGGUUGCUGUGAAUGGGAAAUUCAACAUUAUAUCAUCGCUGUCAGUGCGGAUGCAGCACCUGUUGGUGUCAUCACUGCUGUACGAGCGCUCAUGGAGUUCCGGUAUCUCAUACAGUCACCACAUGUUGAUGAAGACGAUCUUGAGUGCAUCUCAGGUGCACUAACUGAGUUCCAUGCAAACAAAGAUGCAAUCAUUGCUGCCGGGCUCAUCCCCAAGCUGGAGCUAAUGCAAAGUAUCAUUUCCAGUAUUUGGAACUCUGGCGUUAUAGGACAGUGGUCUGCCGACAUCACUGAACACGCCCACAUUAUGGAGAUAAAAGACCCUGCCAGAUUGACCAAUUACAACAAUUAUAACACACAAAUUUAUCGACACCUUGACUGUGCUGAAAAAUGUCAUCAUUUUGAGCUCGCCACUAGCCUUCUAGAUCAUGGGCAGAGGGUUGAGGAAGAGAGGUUGGACUUGGAUGCUGAAGAUAGUGACGUUGACGCUGAUGCACUCCAGCAGCGCAAAGUGGGUUCUGUGCCUGUUCCACUUUGCUCCUUUGUCAAGAAAUGUACUGCCUUUCAUCUUGGAUAUGAGCCCUCCAUUCGGAGCAUCACUGUUGAUGAAGUCACUAUCAGAUUUAGCUUACCAGAUCUACGACUGGCCAUAGCUGAUUUCCUUCAAUGCGAGGCAACUUAUGGACGCCAGCACGUUCAUGCAAUAGGUGGCCCUAGAAGGGCAGGACCUACUGCUGUCCUCCCAUUCAACAGAGUUCAAGUCUGGUUCAAGAUUCAGCUGCAAGAGAUGGACUUCCACGAGACUCACAUCAUCAAACCAGCUCAGACGCUAAAUUGUGCGCCACCAAAUAACCCAUGGAUUCUAGGUCAUUAUGAUACAGUCAUUAUCGAGAUCAGUGUGGGCUACUCGUGGCCUAGUAGUCGUCUUUCAGCAAAGCGCUCCAAUGGAAACUGGAUGGGUGACAUUAUCCUGGUAUCUCAAUUGAGGGCUCCUGUCCAACUCAUCCCUCGCUUUGGUGCUACUGCUGACAAGCGUCUCACAACAUACAACAGCUUGGAGCAUGCCGCAGAGUUUUGGCUGAAUGAAUUUUGGGAUAGAAGCACUUUCUUUGCGCUAUCAGUCUGA